UGGUGCGUCUAUAGGCAGCCAGGCGACUUUUGCACCUUUUUUGGCGGAAGACCACUUCGUUUCCUAAACCAUCACCAAGUCAACAACAACGAAAAAUCCGUCAAGAUGGCUCGUCGUCCCGCCCGUUGCUACCGUUACUGCAAGAACAAGCCGUACCCCAAGUCGCGCUUCAACCGUGGUGUCCCCGACCCCAAGAUCCGUAUCUUCGAUCUUGGCCGCAAGAAGGCUGCCGUCGACGACUUCCCUCUCUGCAUUCACCUCGUCUCCAACGAGUAUGAGCAGCUGAGCUCCGAGGCCCUCGAAGCCGCCCGUAUUUGCGCCAACAAGUACCUCGUCAAGAACGGUGGUAAGGAAUCCUUCCACCUCCGCGUCCGCGCCCACCCCUUCCACGUCGUCCGUAUCAACAAGAUGUUGUCUUGCGCCGGUGCCGAUAGACUGCAGACUGGUAUGCGUGGUGCCUGGGGUAAGCCCAACGGUACUGUUGCCCGUGUCAACAUUGGCCAGAUCAUCAUGAGCGUCCGUACCCGUGACUCUAACCGUCACCUCGCUCUUGAGGCCCUCCGCCGAUCCCAGUACAAGUUCCCUGGUCGCCAAAAGAUCAUCGUCUCCAAGAACUGGGGUUUCACCCCUCUCCGCCGUGACGAGUACCUCGAGCGCAAGGCUUCCGGCCGUGUCAAGGAUGACGGUGCCUACGUUCAGUUCCUCUCCAACCACGGUUCUCUCGAGAACAACAUGCGCCGCUUCCCCGAUGCCUUCAAGGCUUAAGGGUUGGACGUGUGUUUGAAAAUGGAAUGAGGUUGGCGUCAAAUGUGGCAUGUCAAUUACAGAUGUUUUAGUCUUAUGAUCAGUCAAUUUAGACUAUAGUAAAACUACGCAAUACCAUGUGUACAGCACGAUGAGCAAGAUAGACUCAACUUGGUGUCUAGUGAGUGUAUAGCAAAAUGUAAUAUGUAAAGACUGGUUGUUGCGAGUAAAACGCGGCAUGGCCAGAUUGAAUGUAGGUGUCCAUGUCUUCAGUGUACCACCUGGGUUGAUUGAUAUCAUAUUCCUCCGCUGUGAAUGCUCACAAAUACUGAGCAUGAUCGACCAAAACGGUUGUUGUUUGAUCUGGCAUCACAAUACCUGCUGUUAGCUGCAGAACAGGAUAGCCCCGCUAAAGUCGAGUAGCCCAGUUUUCGGAAGUGUAGGAUAACGUCAUGAUAUAAAUACUCAGAACUUCACCGUGCAGUGCAUUAUAGACGAAGUUGCCAAAGUCUUGCCCCAAGGCCCUCUAUGCAGAUGCAAAAUCCCCAUCGAAACAAUCCCC